UGAAAGUUGCAAACGAUCGAAUAUGAGUUUAAAUGCGAUUUUGUAAUAUAUUCUUAUUCGUAAUUCAAAUUUUAACGUUAGUUUAAUUAAAUAUAAGAUGGAAAACAUAGAUAAAAAUAUUGAUGAUGUUUUGCUUUUGUUUAAAACAAAGAUACAAGAGGCUAUCUAUCUAAUUGAGAACAUGCCUGAUGAUACUCGGAGAGAUGUCUGGCAGUUUUGGAAAGAAGUUUCAAAAAUUGUGAAGACAACGACCAGACCAAAGCCGCGACCGGCAAAAGCAAAGCAGAAAACACGACAAAUUAAGUUGGAGCCAGACAUAGAAAUAAUUAAAAUGCACGAAGAAGUUGAACUGUCGGUUUUGCAUCUGGAAGAGUCUGUUAGUAAUCAAGAUGGCAACGGUUACGAUGAUGACACCAAUGAGGUAACCUUGCCUGUUAUCUUCACACAGGAUUUUGACAAUGAAAUUUCCGCCGAUAUUAAGCAAGACUCUUUUGCCUCUACACCAGAUCUUCAACGUUUGUAUGGCUCCGUGUACCCUGAGACUUGCAACAGAGCGGCUGCCUCUGAGAUUCUUAACGCAUCCGAUUCUAAGGCUGAUACUUUAUCUGUUAUUGUAUCCACCACUGCCACUAAAGCUGUUCAUUCAUCAGAGCCUGUUGGUACAGCUGAUUCUUCAUCCAAAGCUGCCAGAACACCUGACUGUUCAUCAGAGCUGACUGGUGCAUCAACUGACAAGGCAAGGUCUGUAGAUUCAUCCAGUCUUCUGCAAAGCUCUGGACCCGAGACUUGUGAAAUUUAUACUACCGACGGCACCAAUGCUAUCCUUCUGUCAACUGAGAUACAGAACAAGCCCGUAGAACAACAAACGAAGAGGAGGAGAGGCAGGCCCAGAAAGGUUCCCACUAAUGACGUAUCCGAAACUCACGUCGUGAAAUCCUUGCCCAGUACGGGUAUGAAAAUUGUAUCGGUCAGACCCAAGAGGGUUAGGAAAGCCACAGAGUCUUCAAUAUAUUGUUACUUGAACAGCAAAAGUAAAAAGACAGCAGAGAGCGAUGAGAAUGAAUGGUCUGACAAUGACGUCGAUGCCCAGGUUGAAAAUGAUCACUCGAAUGCUAACCAGGAUAACAAUGAUGACUUGAACGCUGACCAGGAUAAUAAUGAUCAUUUGAACGCUGACCAAGAUAAUAAUGAUCAUUUGAACGCUGACCAAGAUAAUAAUGAUCAUUUGAACGCUGAUCAGGAUAAUAAUGAUCACUCGUACGUCGGUGAUAGCUGUGAAGCGGGCGAUAAGGAGAAUGAGGCAGAAGAUAAGUCUUUAACUGGUGGGAAGAGGAAACAAAUGAAGAGUGUCUGUAAUUACGACACGGGGCCAGUUGUUUGUCCUGAAUGUGGUGUAGAACUGGCCUAUUCCUCUUCUCUCGCUGGUAAGGAAUGUGUAAUCAACCCCUGCAAUGCCAUGGUGAUUGCCGUGAAGGUUUUAAUUCUCUGCAGCACUUUUUUGCUGUACAAUCUAUAUUCAGCUCACAUGAGGAAACACACUGGAGCUCGUCCCUUUAAAUGCAGCCAUUGUGACAAGGGCUUCACCACCAAGGCCAACAUGUUACGACAUGAACUCAUCCAUACCGGAGAGAAGCCAUUCCAGUGUCCAUUGUGUGACAAAGCCUUUACGGAAGCCAGGUCCCUGGCCAUUCACAACCGCACACACACAGGGGAGAAACCAUAUGUGUGUAAAAUAUGCAACUCCAGUUUCCGCCAGCUCGGCACUCUUCAGGCUCACAUCUACUGCCACACGGGUCACAAGGGUCACCUGUGUGACCUGUGCGGGAAGGCGUUUCGGCAGAAGACUCAGUUACGAGAACACCAGAAACGACACACCAACAGCAAAUCGGUCAAAUGUGAUGUGUGUGGAAAAAUGUUUUAUGGAAAAGGUGAAUUAUUCCGUCACAGUUUACAACACAGUGGUGCCCGCCCAUACAAGUGUUCCCUCUGCGACAAGACGUUCACGCGCCUGCAGUACCUCCGCGAGCACACGAACAUCCACACAGGCAACAAGCCGUACGUGUGUAGCGAGUGCCCCAUGGCGUUUCACGACCUCGCCUCCUUGUACAGGCAUCAGCUGAAACACAAGAAACAAGCAAAGAAAUCGCAAGUUGAUACCGUGGACCUUAAGAGAGAGUUGUUCGGAUCCGAGGUGGUGAUCGUGAAUAACGAUGCCACCGACGAAGUUCUACAGAAUCUGAUCGCGGAGGCUGCAGAGAACGGGCAGAUACAGAUCAGUCAGUCGACGGGCAGUCAGUUGCAAGCAGCAGCUCAGUCCAUUCUGGACGUGUCUUCUCCUGUAGCUCAGGUCUAUCAGAUCACGUACGUGGAUCAAGACAACGGGGAGUUGGGAACCGGGGUCAGACAAGACGGUGGACAAAUAUUAGCAAAUGUCGACUUCUCGGCUAUUAAUCUACUGGCUAAUGCAACUCAACUGUCGUUAGGCCAGUAGUUCUGUUGAUUGGGGGCUAAUUCUGUAAACUCUCGCAACAGUGCAAUGUAAACAAGACUUGCAAGGAUGAAGUUACUUAAAGAGAGUUUGGUCAAUUAGGCCUCAGUUUUAUUUAUUUGUUGAAGAUUAUACAUUAAUUAUGAUGGCUAGUUAUGUCAGGUCUUUAAUAUGAGAUUGUAAUUUGUGAUGCAGAAAGUCUUUUCAUGGAGGACUGGUUGGGAUGGAGGUGGUGGGGUAGUACUCAGCUCAUGAUUUUCCAUAUCUGCAUUUUCGCAAGUUGAUUACUAAAACAAUUUUGACGUCGCAGUGUACUUUUAAGCCGAAAUUAAAUACUUUGCAUUUUGAGAUCACUGCUCAAAAAAAUCGCUAAUAUGUCAACGUUUUGUUUUCAGCAGGGAAAAGGUACUAUGUACAGUCAGACCUCGUUACAACGACCAUGUAAUGUUGUUGUAAAGAGGUGUUUUCAGAUGUCGGAUGCACGUUUGUUCCUAAUUUGCUCUGUUGUCGGAAGGUGUGAAUUCCGGUGUAAUGAAGAGAAUAACACUGAUGUACGUUUGUUCCCAACAAUUUGUGGUCGGAUGGAGUAAAUAAUGUAGUAACGACGGUGGUUGUAACGAGGUCCGACUGUAUAUGCAUUGUAUCAAUAAAAAUUUCUCGUUCCAGCCAGUGCACCACGACUGGUAUAUCAAAGGCCAUGGUAUGUACUACCCUGUCUGUGGGAUGUUGCAUAUAAAAGAUCCCUUGCUGCUAAUCGAAAAGAGUAGCCCAUGAAGU